AUGGAUCCUGAAUUAAUGGAGAAUGAACAACUUGAUCAACUGUCGUCUUCUGUAACGAUCGAGAUUAUACCAUCACAUUUUCUAAAUCAAAGUUCUUCGCAGGGCACACAACACACAGCAAUAAUUCCUGCUAUUAAACAGGAAUCAGCUCAUGGAGAAAGCAGUAGUGAAGAAGAAGUGACUGUAGAAACAGUGGCAGGAGUCCAUUUCCUUACUGAUAACGAAGAAAAUGCCACUUCUACUCAGGAUAACAAUUUAUCGUACGAAAAGAAGAAAAGCGAACUCUUAGAGUACAUGAUCAGAGACGACGGUAGUGUAACGUGCAAAUUGUGUGGCGAAGUAUUGGCCAGUAGAACUCACUGGUAUCGGCAUAAGUACAAGUUACAUGUGAAUAAUUUAUUGAAUCCUGCUCCGUUGUUUAAGUGCGUUCGUUGCAAUGUAUUUUUUAAAAGUCGAAAAGGCUUUAUGGGACACGUGGGGGCGAGGCACGCGGAUGAUGUAGAGUCCCAUGAUGAUACGAACGUUGUUAUUAAGGAAGAAGUAGUGGAAACGCCUUCAGACGGUCCUAAAACCGUUAAGUAUAAGAAGGAAGUUAAGCCUGUGAAUUGGGAAGAACAGAGAGAAAAGGAAGAGAAACUAGUUGCGGAUAUAAUAGACAGGGUAAGAAAAGAAUGCGAAGCUCAAGGAACAACCAUUACUAGGAGAGGGUACAGUAGAAGAUCUACUGUUAUGAUGAAUUCUUGUACAUAAUUUAGAAUCAGAAUUUUUUUAUUAAUCCAUUCAAGUACCUCUUUUUUGUUUUAUUUUUUAUCUCGUGUAAAGGGGGAUGAUCUAGUUUCUUGUAAGUAUAAUAUUUUGUUGCUGAUUCGUGAUUCCUUGUUUUUUAAAUGUUUUUCGGAGAGAUUUAUGGUUUUGGAAAAAAUAAUCAACGAUUAUUUUGGGAAGAGAUGUUUAAAUUUUUUUGUAUUUUAGAGGUACUUGAUAAUAACUCUUGUUCCUUGAUUGAUGUAGUUUUAGUACUAGAAAUUUUGGAUUUAUAAGAAUUUGGAAACGUAGCCUAGGAUACAAUGGGUGAUACAUUUAUUAAUAAUUUCGAAGGAUAUAAGCAUUGUGGUAGUAUAAUGUUAUUUCAGUUUUGAUAUAAUUUUACUUUACCUCAUAAUGGAAACUGAACAAAAAGUAUUUUAUUGAAACUAAAACUACGCAUUUCGGACAUUUUUAAGAACUUAAACGUAAAUGUUGAUAAUCCUUACAUAAUGUUUUAAUUUUUGUACUAUUAUUAACAGCGAAACCAUAAGUAAGUGUACAUCUUUACUAUGAUUUCUUUGUCUAUUCUUUUUUCGGGACUUAAAGUUGUAGCUCAAAGUGAACAAAAUGUGAUUUAUGAUGCCAAAUUUUUCCCAUAGUUUUGCACUUUAUUGAUUUGCACUUGGUAGUAUUUUUGAAACUGUUGCUCACAUGUGAAUAAUAUUCACAUAACUAAAAGAUACGAAUUGUAUCAGUUGGAUCAAGAUUUUACAUGUAAUAUACCCUACAAUGUAUUUCUUUAAAAUAUUAAGUACUUGCAAUGAAUUUUUUAAAUAAAUUAGUUCAGUGUGUUAUUACUGAGUAAGUAACAAUUAAGUAAUGACUAAAAUAAUUAAUUCAACCGACCAAACAUUGCCUGUUGUAAGCAGGGGCAGAUGAAUAAAUUAUUCUCUAAUUAUUGAAACCAGCAUAAAAUAGUAAGUGCGUUUUAAUUUAAUUUGCAUUUUUAUAUUUAAUUGUUAUUUAGUCGCUAAUCAUGCACUAGAUUCAAAGAUUAGAAUGAAUUAUGAAUAAACUGGUAUAUUUUUGGUAAGACAUUUUAAGAAUGCCCUAUUUGUUCAUAACGCAAUCUUUGAAAGAAAUUUAUUGUUACUCAACGUUAUAGGACACAUUUUAUUA